CCAUCUGAACUUCCUGAUUGAGUAGAGUGAUUCGGUUUAUUUGUGGCAGAAAAUGGUAGAAAAAAUGUGGGUUUUGAUUUUACUAUCGAUUUUGUUGUUGCAUGGCGAUGAAACUUCAGCCUCAGACCCUGAUCCGAUCCAAGAUUUCUGCAUCCCAAACCCCAAAUUCGGCGCCAUAAAAACAGCCCAUCUCACCAUUCUCCCAUGCAAAAACUCCUCGGAAGCAUCCACCGACGAUUUCGUCUUCUUGGGGUUAAAAGCCAGUGGGAACUUCACCGAAACAGGGCUUGCCACGAUCCCGGUGAACCCAACAAUCUUUCCUGGUAUCAACACACUGGGGAUGUCAUUUGUGAGAGCCGAUUUGAAAGCCGGUGGGAUAAAUCCACCCCAUUUUCACCCCCGAGCCACCGAGAUUGCCUAUGUGGUGCAAGGCAGUGUUUAUUCAGGCUUUGUGGAUUCAAACAACCGAGUUUUCUCCAGGGUGAUUGAGCAAGGAGAAGUUAUGGUGUUCCCAAAAGGUCUGCUUCACUUCCAAAUGAAUGUUGGUGAGAAGCCUGUUACAAUAUUUGCAUGUCUCAAUAGCCAAAACCCAGGACUCCAAAAGAUUCCCUCUGCCAUUUUUGGAUCUGGUAUCAAUGAGGAGCUUUUGGAGAAGGCUUUUGGUCUCAGCCAUAAGCAGAUUGGAACUAUGAGAAGAAGAUUUGAUCCCAAAACAGUGACCUAAAUUCCAUUACUUGUUACAA